AUGGGUGUUGGAUUGGGGUUUGCUAUUGCUGCCAAGGUGUAUUAUCCAACCAAAAGGGUUGUUGCGAUUGUAGGUGAUUCUGCUUUUGGAUUUAGUGCUAUGGAGAUCGAAACAGCAGUUAGAGCCAAUCUUCCGAUGAUUAUUAUCAUCAUAAAUAAUAAUGGUAUAUAUCAUGGCCUUGACAUAGAAACAUAUAAUGCUACAUCCCUAAACGUAUUACCAUCAACUGCGUUGUUACCUGAUGUAAGAUAUGAUUUAAUUGCUGAUGCUACUGGAGGUAAAGGUUAUUUUGUAAGAACACCACAGGAACUAGAUAAUGCUAUGAAAGAAGCGUUAAAAUAUGACGAAAAAGUUAUAGUAAUAAAUGUGAUGAUACAACCAGGGGGUCGAAAAAAAUUG